AGUCGAUUCUCAAAUCUCAAUAGCAAAUCCUCCCAAUUCCAAAUUGCCAGACACGCUCCCCCGCCUCUCUCUCGACGUCGCAAAUCGCCGUCGGCCGUCCUCCCCCACCUGCAUCUCGACCUCACAAAUCGCCGCUAGCAGCUAGCCGCCGGCCGCCUUCCCCACCUCGCAGUCGCGCGCGCACAGUACUAUCCGUGUUUUGUGAAAUUUCAGCAAGAGAGAACGAGAUGGGUUGGAAGGCAGCACAAAAAAUAAUUCAGACUUGGAAAAUCCUCAGAGGUGAUAAUGUAAUGAUAAUUCGGGGAAAGGAUAAAGGCGAAACUGGAAUUAUCAAACGUGUAUUCCGCUCCCAAAAUCGAGUCAUUGUUGGGGGGAAGAAUUUGGUGAAAAAGCACGUGAAGCAGACCCAGGGCAAUGCCGGUGGGAUUUUCACAAUGGAAGCCCCACUCCACGUCUCGAAUGUUCAAAUUGUAGAUCCGGUCACAGGGAAUCCCUGUAAGGUUGGAACUAAAUACUUGGAAGAUGGCACAAAGGUGCGCGUAUCUAGAGGAAUUGGAGCAUCAGGGUCGAUCAUACCUCGCCCGGAGAUAUUGAAGCUGAGGAGACAUCCUAGGCCUAACUAUGUUGGUCCUAAGGACACUCCAAUGGAUGUGGUUCUGGAGAAGACUUACGACGCUAAAACCGGGAUUGGAAUGCCGGAUCUCUAAAACAAGUUCUUCCUAAAGCCCUUCAUCGGUUUCUUCUAUUGUUGUAUCGAACCUUUAUGCUAGCAUUACAAGGCCUUACGACAUUUUUUCGACUUGUCUACAGGUUAGUAUUAGAUAGUUUCUUUAUUGCUUUAACUACCAAUUUGGAUGGAGACUAUUAAUUAAAAUAAUUCAUACCGGAAUUAAUAUUAAUAUUAA